UGUGGGACCCGGAUGAGAGCGUGGUUAUAUAAGCGUUCCUCAGCCUGCACGCCUUUCUUUUCGAGGAAGAGGCGGUCGCGGGUGCAGUGGAGCUCUGUUGUGCCGGCUUCUGCUCCUGACUCACCGCUGUUCGCUCUCGGCGAGGAACAAGUCGGUCAGGAAGCCGCGCCGCAGCCAUGGCUUUUAAAGACACCGGAAAAACACCCGUGGAGCCGGAGGUGGCGAUUCACCGAAUAAGAAUUACCCUCACCAGCCGCAACGUAAAGUCUUUAGAGAAGGUGUGUGCUGACUUGAUCAGAGGCGCAAAGGAAAAGAACCUCAAAGUGAAAGGACCAGUUCGGAUGCCAACCAAGACUUUGAGAAUCACUACAAGAAAAACUCCUUGUGGUGAAGGUUCUAAGACUUGGGACCGCUUCCAGAUGAGAAUCCACAAGCGACUCAUUGACUUGCAUAGUCCUUCUGAGAUUGUUAAGCAGAUUACUUCUAUCAGUAUUGAGCCAGGAGUGGAGGUUGAAGUCACUAUUGCAGAUGCUUGAGUCAACUGUUUUAAUAAAUUGAUUACCAGUUGUUAA